ACAGAGUUCACAGUCAGAAAAAUGGGCAACACAAAGGAGAAGCUUAAGGACUUGAUCACCGCUGAACGUUUGGCCAUAUUCUUUGGCCUACUGUCCACCUGUCUGAUUGUAGCCCUCGUAGUUGUGCUCGUCCACAGGGAUAAUUUGUGGAUAGAGUUGGAUGAAGCCAAAAGGAAGUUGGAUGUGCUGGAGGACUACAUUCAAAGCCACUUGCUGGCCACCCUUUCUAAUAGAUAGAUAGAUAGAUAAAUAACAAAAAUUAGCCUUUUUUAUAUUACAUACUGUAUUUUGAAUAAUGGCGUAAGAAUAAUAAAAUAAUAAUGGUGCAUAUCA